AUGCAGAUGCUUCCUCCUAUCUAUCUCCUUAUCCCACAGCUCGUUUCGGCUGCUGCGCUGGGUUCGAGAUAUCAGUGUCAACGAGCUGCUUAUUUCGUCGAUAAUAACCCAGCAGGAGCCAGCAUUGUUGUUCUGAAAAACUCUGAAAAUGGCACACCCGUACGAAAUGCCACUGGUGGUAUUGGUCUCUUUUGCUUCACGGCUUCCACUACUGGUGCAGCGCCGGCUCCUCCUGGCUCAGAUCGUAUACCAACGCUGUUAUCCUUCUACAGUUUAUUCUUGCUAGAUACCUUAUCCUCUGGAUUCUAUCGUGGUCUCCAAUGA